AUGCUACGCGCCGUCGCCGCCUGCCUCAUGGGGCUGCUAGCGCACGCCGCCGGCAGCGUGCUCGUUUACACGGUGGAGACGCCGCACACGGGGGAAAAGUGGUAUCGGCUGAAGGUCACUCGCAUGCGAUGCAGGGGCGAGGAUUCGCGCCGCCAUUUUGCCGUGCGAGUAAUUGGGCGGGAAAAUUGUGUAUUGACUGCAGCCGCGUCACGAACUAAGAUGGCCGCUCAUCUGCUGAUCAAUGCCGUGAAAGUUCUGCACAUAGUUGGCAUGCAACAUUUCAUAACGGAGGAGUUCCGGGACAUCCCCGCCACCUUCGGCGAUGAGCUGCCGGUGGACGGCCUCCGCGGGAUGCUGGUGCAGGGGGAGCCCGAGGACGGGUGCUCCGCCCUCCCGGCGCCCCCCACCACCGACAACUUCACCGGCAAGUGGAUAGUGCUGCUGGCCAGGUACAACUGUAGCUUCGAGGUGAAGAUCAGGAACGCGCAGCUCGCCGGCUACGACUGUGCCAUCGUCCACAACGUGAACUCCAGCGACCUUGAGACGAUGUCAGCUAAAAAUCCCGACGGCAUAACCAUACCUUCGGUGUUCGUCAGCGACCUCGCCGGGAUAAUACUGUCGGAGCAGUACCUCUACACGUCGACCCAUUACUAUAUAAUGGUGAACGGCGAACUUCCAUACAAUAUCAACAGUCUCCUCGUGCCAUUCGCCGUCGUGGUGGUUCUAUGUCUGAUCGUCAUACUGAUAUUCAUGAUAGUGAAGUGCAUAAAGGACAGGCGGCGCGCGAGACGCCACCGGCUGCCGAGCCGCGCGCUCAGGAAGAUCCCCACGUGCAAGUUCAGCAAGGGCGACCCCUACGACACGUGCGCCAUCUGCCUCGACGACUACCAGGAGGGCGAGCGGCUCAGGGUGCUGCCCUGCGCGCACGCGUACCACGCGAAGUGCAUCGACCCGUGGCUGACGCAGAACCGGCGCGUGUGCCCCGUCUGCAAGAGGCGCGUGCUGGCCGCGGGCGAGAGGCGCCCCCACUCCGACUCGGACAGCGACGCCUCGGAGCCGCUGGUCGCCGCGCGAGCGCCGCCCACGCAGGGCGGCACUUUUGAGGAGCAACGCGAGAACCCUUUCGUGAGGGCGGCCCGCUACAUGGCGCGGCUACGCGGGAGCAGCGCGCGUGCCGAGGCGGCCGACGCCGACGCGGAGAGCGCUCUACCCACAGAAGACACUGAACAAAACGCUAACAACGACGAGAACGCGGACGAGGACGAGUCGCGGCCGCUGAUAGCGGCGGCCGGCAAUGAACGGCGCGCGCGGCGCGCACGGCGCCCGCGUCCGCGCCCGCGCCCCGCCCACCCCUCCAUCAACGGCGAGGAGCGCGGCGAGAUCGGUGUGGCAGCCCUGCCAGCGUCCACGCCGGAAACAGCGCCCCGCCACGUGGACUUA